CCAUUUACUGAGAGGCUGAUGUCUGCUGCUUCGCUGGGUGCGCACAGACUCGGACGUAACAGAAAGGAAAAAAACCUCCAGUGCCGUGGAGCUCCGGUGGAUCUGGAUUACAGCACCCAGGCUGCAAAGUAUAUCAGCCUUGUCACCGCGGAGAAGUCGUUGAGCAGCCGCUGGAGCAUUUCUGAAGAGGUUUGUUGCAUCAUUCUUGCCAGAAAUGUCCACAUUGGAUAUCUUUAACCUCAGAGGGAAGGAGUAUUUAUAACGACAGAAGCCGCUGUUUGCUGUGUGAAAACUGUUCGAGGAGGAUCUGGAGGAUUUCACACACUGAUCAACCUCGAGGAAAACUGCAGUCUUCCCACUUUAUCUACCCAGGAUUCUACAGGUUGCUCUCAAGCUUUUGGUUCAGACUAAGUUUCGAGCAUGACCACUAUGCAGAAGCUGCUGCAGCUGCCGGUGAACGCCGUGAACAUCGUGAAGACGGUGCAGAGUCAGGUCCAGGGCCAGGAGGAGGACAAGAGCCCGGUGUUGACCCCUGACAGCGGGCAGCAGGCCUGGUACAGCGCCCUGCAGCCGGAUGAGCUGCGCCACCUUCGAUCUGGAGGUACAGGUGGAGGAGGAGGAGGUGGUGGAGGAGGUGGUGGAGACCAGGAGGAACGAGCGAUGCUGGAGGAAGGUGGUGGCGGCGGUGGUGGCGGCAGUUUCCAAAGUCAACCUUUGCGACAUGACGACCUGAAGGAGAUGCUGGACAGCAACAAAGACUCCCUGAAGCUAGAGGCAAUGAAGCGGAUUGUGGCUAUGAUCGCCCGAGGUAAAAACGCGUCAGAUCUCUUCCCUGCUGUGGUGAAGAAUGUGGCCUGCAAAAACAUAGAGGUGAAGAAGCUGGUCUACGUCUAUCUGGUGCGUUAUGCUGAGGAGCAGCAGGAUCUCGCUCUGCUCUCCAUUUCCACGUUUCAGCGUGGUCUGAAGGAUCCGAACCAGCUGAUCAGAGCCAGCGCCCUGAGAGUCCUCUCCAGCAUCCGAGUCACGAUCAUCGUUCCCAUAAUGAUGCUGGCCAUCAAAGAAGCUGCCUCCGACAUGUCUCCAUAUGUGAGAAAGACAGCUGCUCACGCAAUUCCUAAACUCUACAGUUUGGAUCCGGAGCAGAAGGACCAGCUGAUUGAAGUCAUAGAGAAACUCCUCGCUGACAAAACCACGUUGGUGGCAGGAAGCGUUGUCAUGGCUUUCGAAGAGGUGUGUCCGGAGCGCAUCGACCUGAUCCACAAGAACUACAGGAAGCUGUGUAACCUUCUGAUCGACGUGGAAGAGUGGGGGCAGGUCGUCAUCAUCAACAUGCUGACUCGCUACGCCAGGACCCAGUUCCUCAACCCCAACAUCAAUGAGUCUCUGCUGGAGGAGGGGGGCGGCGGGGAGAAGACCUUCUACGGCUCAGAUGAAGAUGAGGAUGAAGACGAGGAGGAGAAAGAGAAGAAAGCCGAGGUUGCUGCCAUGGCCAAGAGGAAACCGUACGUGAUGGAUCCAGAUCACCGGCUGCUGCUGAGGAACACAAAGCCGCUGCUGCAAAGCCGCAACGCAGCCGUGGUGAUGGCUGUGGCUCAGCUGUAUUUCCAUCUUGCCCCUAAAGCAGAGGUUGGGGUGAUCGCCAAGGCCCUGGUCCGUCUCCUUAGGAGCCACAGUGAAGUCCAGUAUGUUGUUCUUCAGAACGUGGCAACAAUGACGAUCAAGAGAAGGGGGAUGUUUGAGCCAUACUUGAAGAGUUUCUACAUCCGCUCCACAGACCCAACUCAGAUCAAAGUCCUUAAGCUGGAGGUUCUCACCAAUUUGGCUAAUGAGACGAACAUUUCCACCAUUCUCAGAGAGUUUCAGACAUACAUUAAAAGUAUGGAUAAAGACUUUGUGGCUGCUACAAUCCAAGCCAUCGGCCGCUGUGCGACCAACAUCGGAGAGGUGAGGGACACGUGUCUGAACGGCCUGGUGCAGCUGCUGUCCAACAGAGAUGAGUUGGUUGUUGCCGAGUCUGUGGUUGUUAUCAAGAAGUUGCUGCAGAUGCAACCAGAGAAGCACAGCGACAUCAUCAAGCACAUGGCAAAACUAACAGACAACAUCCAGGUGCCCAUGGCACGGGCCAGUAUCUUGUGGCUCAUUGGAGAGUACUGUGAGCAUGUACCUAAGAUUGCCCCGGAUGUCCUGAGGAAGAUGGCCAAGUCUUUCACUAAUGAAGAGGAUAUUGUCAAGCUACAAAUCAUCAAUUUGGCUGCCAAGCUGUAUCUCACCAACUCCAAGCAGACCAAACUGUUGACGCAGUAUGUUCUCAACCUGGCCAAGUAUGACCAGAACUACGACAUCCGUGAUCGGGCACGCUUCAUUCGCCAGCUCAUCGUCCCCACUGAGAAGAGUGGGGCUCUUAGCAAGUACGCUAAAAAACUGUUCCUCGCCCUCAAACCUGCACCAGUCCUCGAGUCUCCAUUUAAAGAUCGAGACCACUUCCAGUUGGGUUCAUUAUCCCACCUGCUGAAUGCCAAGGCUGGGGGCUACCAGGAGUUGCCUGACUGGCCCGAAGCCGCCCCAGACCCCUCCGUGCGCAACGUGGAGGUUUUUACGCUGCUCGAAAGAGUCACAACAUUAACGAGUGUGCCUGAAUGGACCAAGUGCAGCAGCCGAGAGAAGCGGAAGGAGAAGAAGGUGGAGAAGCCGUUCUACUCGGACUCGGAGGGCGAGUCCGGGCCGACGGAGUCAGCUGACAGUGAGUCGGACUCUGCCAGCGCCUCGGAGAGCGGCAGCGGCAGCGAGGAGAGCGGGUCGGGAUCAGAGAGCGAAGAGAGUGAGGAUGGCUCUGAGUCUGAGGAAGAGGAUGAUGAGGAAGAAGAGGGAGAGAAAGACAAGAAGAAGAAGAAGAAGAAGAAAGAAUUAAAGAAGCCAGUGCAAGAAAGUGAAAGCGAGCAGAGCAGUGAAGAAGAAGAGACGAAGCACGAGAGGAAGAGUAAACAACGAAAGAGCGACUCAGAGUCUGAAUCUGAGGAGGAGGAGGAGGAGGAGAGCGAGUCUGAAAGCAGCCAGUCAGAGUCUGAAGACUCUGAGUCUGAGGCCGAGGUCAAAAAGAAAAAAAAGGCAGCUGAAUCUAAACCUCCCUCCAAACCUGUCAAGACAGAGAGCAAGAAAGAGAAGAAAGAAAUGUCUCUUCUCGACCUCGACGAUUUUGAACCUUCUCCGUCUCCUCAAGUCACACCCGUCAACACCUUCCUGUCCAGCAGCCUCGUGACCGACCUGGAGGGCUUGUCUUUGUCUGACAGUGUUCUCUCCCCGACAAGCAUUGCUCCCUCCAGUGCGUUGAAGAGCUACGAGCUGCUGCACCGGAUCACAGGGGAGGGGCUGUCGGUGGAGUAUUGCUUCAGCCGGCAGCCGUUCAGCUCUGAUGCGAACAUGGUGGCGGUGCAGAUGCAGUUCACCAACAACUCCACAUCCGACACCAAGAGCCUGCACAUGGAGGACGUGAAGCUGCAGUCUGGGAUGAGAGUCAAAGAGUUCCCAGAGCUUGAGCUGCUGCCGGCAGGUGAGUCGGCCACAGCUGUGAUGGGCAUCGAUUUCUGUGACUCGACGCAAGCGGCAAACUUCCAGCUGUGCACUCACACCAGGAAGUUCUUCGUGUCCAUCCAGCCGCCGGUUGGAGAGCUGAUGAGGCCCGUCUUCCUCACAGAGAAUGAGUUCAAGAAGGAGCAAGGUCAGCUGAUGGGCAUGAAUGAAAUCACAGAGAAGCUGACUCUGGACGUCCAGUGCCGGAACGAACACGCCAUCGUCCAGAGGGUGACCACCGCCGCCAACCUCAGCAGAGUCCCCUGUGGUUCAGAUAAAGAGUGCAGUCCUCCUGUUCCUCCUCCUGACCAUCCUGUCCACAGGUUCGCCGGCAGGACGGUGACCAGCGGCAGCCUGGUGUUGGUCACCGUGGCGAACAAAGAGGAAGGUGCCGCCCAGCUGACGGUCAACUGUGAGAAGAUGGUGAUCGGCACCAUGCUGGUGAAAGACAUCCUCCUGGCUUUGACGCAGUGACCGGUGUGACCGUGCUCGACCUUCGCCCUCCACCCCCCUCGCUCCACCCACCUCUCAGAUAUCGUCCGAGACUCGUCACGUGUAGCAUCUCCUCCGUUCUCCUGUAAGCAGUGUCACUGAGGACGUUUCCAGAAUGUUUAACUCCAGUUCGAUGUAACGUUAAAGAGCCCCUCCUCCCACUUUUAGAAAUUACUCCAAGAAACAGUGAAUGCCACAGCUAUACGCGAUAUUCAUGACAAUCAGAUGUGACUGAUGUUGGACCCGAUAUGACCUGACCUUGCCUCCCUCUAAAGUUUGCCACAUUUCAUAAUCCAAAAAUACUUAUUUAGCAUCUUAUUUUCCCUCCUUGAGGACACAGCUGGAUUUAGUGGACCUUUUACUUUGGACGAAAAGUAACUUCCACAUUUCAGGAUCCUGCCUGCGGGUUCAGUCUGAGCUUUGGAAACAGCAGUUUGAGCACAAGGUUCACUUACUUAAUGUUUUCCAAGCUUUCAGCUACAUCUCAUGACCUUCCUCAGGCAAGAACAGUGCAGUUCAAAGUGUUGUACAUAAAAAAGUUGAAAAAGAGAUAGAAAAGAAACACAAGGGGUUAUAAAAAAGAUACAUACUGUAUAAAUAGGAUCUUAAAAUCGUAAUGAAAUAGAAGAUAAACUGAAUAAAAGAGGAAUUACAAUUCUGGAUGAAUAGUCCCAAAUGUUAAGUUUCAAGCCUCGAGUUGGAGCAGAUGUUAAGUGCUCUGGAAUAUGUGGUGCAUAAAAACUGAAUGCUGCUUCUUUGUAUUUAGUUUUGACUCCAGGGACAGUAAGAAGACCUGAGAAGUUUGGACAGGUCAUCAUGUAGCAGCAGAUCAGAGAUAAAGACUGAAGACAUCAGCUGCCUGUGAAUAAAAAACUAAAACUAGAAACAGCAGCGACAACCGUUUCCUGACUCCCCAUAAUACAGUCAACGACAUGACCGUACUUUCAUACUUAGUCACGUGAUAACAUCUGUGUAAACUCCAGCUGCUGAGGCAGGCCAUGAGAUGUAGCGUAAGGCUUUGAAAAUGUACUGCAAGUGAGGGAUGUAGGAUCUGUGUGUCUGUGGCGUCACCUGAAGAUUAAAACAGAGCAGUAAACUACAGCUGGAUUAUUAGAUCAUAAAAUUGAGUUUUUCUUCUUCUAUUGAGAUUCUUUAGAAAUAAAGUGGCAGUAAAAGCUUUUAUUAUUCCGUGACAAGUGGACACACAAACCUGUCCCUCCAGUUUUCAUUUGUAGCUUGUUAGUUACCAGCUAUUUUAAGAUGUAGACAUUAUAGGUGAUAGAAAAUGUACUGUAGGUAUAAAUUCCCCAACAACAGGAAAAAAACACACGGUCUGUAAGAUCAGCUUCAUCAAUACUCAUCCAGUCAUUUGGGGCCUUGACUUGAAUGUAGCACGAAGGCUCGACCGAGACAACAGCUUCCUACAACUGAAUCCAUUAAGGCACAGUAACACUGUUUAUCAGUAACUCACCACUCCUGGAAAUAAACUGCGAUUUCAGCAUCUGCCUCCAGCAGCUGUCGCAGUGCACAUAUUCAUUACAGUAUGUGGGGCGUUUAUAAAACCUGAAGAUGUAUAAAUGUCAUUGUAUGUACUGCCACAUGUAAUACAGUACUGCUAUAAGGUGUGGUGUGUGUGAGUGUGUGUGAGUGUGUGUGUUUGUGGGCGUGAUGAUACUGAAUAAUGACCUGGCAAACAUUAACUAGGUGUUUUCAAAAAAUGACUCAUGUAACACUUGACUUGAAACAAUCAUGAAGCACAUCAUAAUUAUAGCCAUCAGUCAAACAAAAAUAUGGAUACUACUACAGUAUGUAAGAAUGAUUUGUCUUUGCUGAGGCGCUGCAGGCAACAAAGAUUAAAAAUGAUUUACCUGCUUUUCUUUAAUCGUAAAUUUAUUACCAGACAAACCGACACUUGUCUGUCAGUUUCUCACAGAUUUGAAAAUGUUACUGUAGAAAUGAAUAAUGUGGAAAACCUUAAAAAUGACUGAAACUGAUUUACUCAACAAAAGUCACCAAACUGUAGUGUUUCAAUUGACGCUUAUUUUCAUUAUUAAUUGAAGCUCAAGGUGAAAGACAGGAAAUCACAGGAAAUUAAGAAAAACAGGAAAUAUUUAAAUUAUUGAAGCUGAAACUUUUUCUUUUUUGCACUUUUGCUUGACAGUAAUUAUAGAUUAUCAAAAUAGCUGCUGAUUCAUUUCCUGUCGAUCAGCCAAUUAUUUCAGCUCUACAAAAAUCAGUAUUCAAACUUUGCCCUCAGGAAACAUGACAUUUUGUGAAGUACGCUUAUUCACCUUUUUGCUGAAACGCCUGGUGUAAACAUGCUCACAGUAGCUGCGACACAGCUUCAUUUUAGUCCAUUUCUUCAACAAGCUUUCAUUCCCGAAACAUGGUUUCCCACUGACACUACGUUAAAGACAGUGUGAAGCUUUUAAGAAUCAGUUAAACCACCUUUAGAUUAUGUGCUUAUGAUAAUGUCAAACAUUUUCAGGUGAAGUGUUGCCUUGAUCUCAUUUGUCAGGUGACACUGUUUUCAUGCCUUUAAUUACAUUUUGAUUUCAGGUCAAAGGUCAUGUGGCUUCUUUUUUUUUCGUCAUGGACUCUCAUGUGUCCAGUGGCUCAUGUUUUCUUAUCUUUGACACAUUAUGUUUUUAUUUAUUGUUUCUUUAUUGUUGUGUUUUACCAAAGGAGUAACAGUCCAGAGAAACAUCGAGCCUCGUCAUAGAAAGUUGAGCAGCAGUGAUGACACUUUUAUUUUCCUACCUGUUGCAUUGUUUACAUUCAACCCACUCAGACCUGAAACUUCCAGUCAGUGCAGCUCAGUCAUUAUGAAGAAUGUAAAGAGUAAGUAAUUCUACUUCUAAUGUAAAAAUCCAAUGAAAAAAAACUGCUGGAUAAUGUCAAACGAUUCUCCAAAUCAUAAAUCAUGUCUGGCAUUUUAUUUUAUCUGCAUCCGCUUUCAAAAUACCCAAAGUACAGUUUAUCAUACCCUGUGUGUGGUUGUGAAAUGUGGUCCUGAAGUAUUACAAGUUUAUUUAUUAUACAAAUAAAAAAUACAGAUACAA